CGCAUUGCAAUCGUAAGGGACCAUAUCCAUGGAGCCAGAGAAGGGAGACGAUUACCUGCGUCGUCUGGCCGCCUUCAUUCGCGACAACGAGAAGGGUCUGGCCGAGGCAGGUAUCUCCCGGCGGCGACGAGCUCAAACCACCACUGCGAAUAUAUCCACGGAUCUCACCUCAUACCUGAAUCCUCUGUCAUGGAUUGGCUGGGACGCAUCCAACGGUGCCGCGCCCAAGCCCACCAUCCUUUCAACCGACACCCACCACUUGUUCUACGUCCUCAUGCGCCUCGAAGCGUUGGGGUACGACGUUGGGACCCUGGACGUUCAUAUCGAUAACCCUUCACGACCGAUGAGCUAUGUCAAUCUCUUUACCGGCCCCGACAAGUCAGACACGCUGUCGCUGGCGUCUAUACGUUCGUCCCUUUCGGCUGUCUCCAAACUCUCACUCGGAGCCGCUUUGUGGGGGAGAGCGGAGCCGCCUUCCAUCGACCAGGACCUCAAGUACAUCUACAGCAGCUUCACAAAGCUUCCGGCACUCACUAUCCAUGCCCCCACCAAACAUGCCAUUGCAGAACUCCUUGCCGACCCACCAGGCCAGAAUGCAUUGCCCCUGGACGCGUUCAAGAACAUCCAAACACUCAAUUGCAUCGACGUCGACCCGAGGACGCUGUUGGGCUGGGAUCGACUAGCAGAGUCGUUACGGAGCCUAGUCAUCAAGAAAAGCGGCCUAGAGGAUAUCUCUGAUAUCUUCAUUGGAGCUGUCGUCGAUGAUCAGGCUCGAAGAGAGGGGAGCCAGUCCCGGAGCCGCCGUCGAAGACUUCCAAAGCGGUACGGGAAAGCCGAAGUGGGAUCAACCCCUCUCCCAGAUGCAGUGAUAGAGGACUCUGCAGGGGAAAGUGCCGAGGAGUCUGUAUCGUCUCAUACCACCUCUCCCUCUCCACCACCGACCCUCGGCUCGUUAAAGUGGGCCUUCCUCAAGUACUUGUCCCUGGCGGACAAUGCCCUCACUUUCAUCCCACCCGAACCACUAGCCUAUCUCACAUCAGUGACCCACCUGGACCUUUCUUCAAAUCUCCUCGUAUCUGUGCCCCCUGGCCUUGGAACGCUAUUCAAUCUGAUUUCGCUGAAUCUAUCCGACAAUAUGAUCGACUCCGUGCUCGGAAUAUACCUUAAUCUAGGUUCCAUUCUUUCCCUUAACCUUUCGCAUAACCGACUGGAAUCGCUUUGCGGUCUGGAGCGCCUACGCGCCCUCGAACGCGUCGAUCUUCGCGGCAACCUCAUCGAGGAGAGCGAGGAGGUUGGCCGGUUGGCCACUUUACCCAACAUUUCCCAGGUCUGGGUGGAAGGCAACCCAUUCUGCGAGUAUGAAGAAGACUACAGAGUGGCUUGUUUCAACCUUUUCUGGAAGGAGGGCAAGACCAUCUCGCUCGAUGGAUCUUUACCUGGAUUUUACGAGAAGCGGAAUAUGAGCGCGCCUGCAGGCCGGCAGGCCGCUGCUAUACCCCAAAGCAAUAUCAUUGCUCAUUCACCACCCGUGGUUCCUAUUGGGAAACCGCCACCGACCGACCGUACUGCUUCCCCUCAACCUCUCCCGACACCACCAUCCUCGAAUGCCUCUCCCCACCUUGCCCCCAUCGCUGCCCCUAAACCUAAACGACGUCAUCAGAAGCGUAUUGUCGACCUUGCAGGAGAAGGGUCAGGGGGCAACACCCCGACACACUCCAAGUCACGUUCAGAAGAGUCGCCGGAGGGUCGCUCAAUGAAGAGUAAGAAGGGACGCAAGGCGACCAAAGCAGCGUUCGCAGAGGCCGUGCCUCAACCGCCUGCACCUACCUCGCCCGAGACUUCCCCAUCUCAGCCGGGACAGCCCGCGCGCCGGACGCGACACAGUCGGUACCAGACUGAAUUUGCGCCGACAAGCCCGCCGCGGCAAGAGGAGAGGUUUGUUACGGCGCCGACGCCGUUCUCAGCAGGGUCCCCGCCAUCACGGUCCGCCACCCUGAGUCCGAAGUCGGCGAUGAGGCGGGCGAGACAGAGCGCGUCUAUGUACGAAGGGCCUGCUGGUGAGGAGGGAGAGGACGAAACGCAUAGGAAGGACAGUGUGGACGAGUACCGACGGCGAAUAGAGGCUCUGAAGCAGGACAUGGGGGACGGAUGGCUCAAAGUGUUUAGCCAAAGCGAGAUCAAGACGUAG